AUGAGUCCAGAGACGCAGAGCCCGAGGGACGACGAGACGCGGCCGCUGCUUGCCACCACGCAAAAUGGCCAGGCCACGCGCCGAAAAGACCUACUGCAGAGCGCACGCAAAGAGGGCACGCACGCCUUGAUGGCAGCCCUGACGUGCAGCUAUUCCAACGUGCUGCUUCCCUGCGUGCCUCUGGGCCUCAUGGCCGGCGGAUGGGGAUGGCCGCCGGCCGCCGUCUUCGUCCUCAACUUCCUGGCCAUGCUGCCGCUGGCUUCGAUCCUCACCUUUGGAACCGAGCAGCUGGCUGCCAUUGUAGGUUCCGUGGCCGGCGGCCUGAUCAACGCCACGUUUGGCAAUGCAGUAGAAAUGAUUGUGGGAAUAAGUGCCUUGAGAGAGAAUGAAAUAUCCAUCGUCCAGUCGAGCAUGAUUGGAAGUAUUCUGUCUUCUAUUCUGCUGAUUCUCGGAACGUGUUUCCUGCUCGCUGGCCAGGGGAAGAAGUCAGUCGACAUCAACGUCGACGUCGCUGGCGUUUUGACAUCUCUCAUGAUUAUAUCCUGCGUAUCGCUCAUCAUGCCCUCGGCGCUGCACAUGUCGGACCCCAACCGUGGCGGCUCCAACGACCAUCCCAGCGAGCACGUUUUGCUCCUGUCGCGCAUCACCGCCGUCAUACUGCUCUUGUUUUACCUCAUUUACCUGUACUUUCAAUCGGUCACGCACGCGGACCUGUUUAGCGAGGAGGAGGACCAGCCUGAGGACAAGCUGCACGGCCUGUCCAGCAGCAUCAUCCUCGUGCUUGCCACUCUCGGCGUCUCCUUUUGCUCUGAUGCGCUCGUCGAUAGCGUCGAUGGCUUCGUCGAAGCGCUAGGGGUCAGCAGAAGCUUCAUUGGCCUCAUUAUUGUGCCGAUUGUCGGCAACGCAGGGUGUCUGGUCGGGACGGUGCAGUGGUCGAGGUCGGAUCGCGUCAAUCUCGCCGUGUCCGUGAUUGUCGGGGCGACGCUGCAGAUUUCGCUCUUUGUCACGCCCUUUCUCAUCGUGGUUGGCUGGAUCAUGGGCAAGCCCAUGUCGCUGCAGUUUGACACGUUUGAGACGAUUGUGUUGACCAUGUCGACGCUGGUUGUGAACUGUAUAGUGCACGAUGGGUCGACGAAUUACUUUGAGGGCUUGUUGCUGGUGAGCACGUAUGUGAUUAUCGGUAUAGCUUUUUUUGUUCAUCCGGAUGCGGUCGCAACUUCAUCGUGA